GACAGCACAGGGGAGGAGAGAGCUGAGUGCAAAGAGCACUAGUGUCCAGAGCCAGAGGAGACCCAGGAGCACGAGGAGCAACCCAACCGAAGCACGCCGCUGGAGGAGGACGAGAGGAGGCAAUUUUAAAUGGACUCUUGACAAGACCACAAGAGAAUCAGGUCUUUUGGGUUGUUACCAUGAAUGCAACAGUAGGAAGUCCAACUAUGGAGGAGAAGAUGGACAUGGCCUUGCUUAGCAACAUUCUGGCAGCAUACACCUUUGUAGCAGAGCAGCCUGAGAGGACAGCGCUGGUGUUUUUGGGCGGAGUUUGUGCAGGGCUCCUGCUCACUCUUUGUGCCAUAGUCUUCCAGAUUCACUGCAGAGCGGACUGUCACUAUGGCAAUAACCCUCCUAAGAAGAGACAUAAGUGCAGGCAUCCUCGACGCCUCCCCGGCUGUCCACUCCAUCAGCACCCUGACAGUAACAUGCACAACAGUGUGGUCCCAUAUGGGACAAGGCCCACAGGGGACAGCGAAUCAGGGGACUGGGAUGAAUCAUGUGACGUGUCUGCACAGCGACGCAGGCGCUUUGAAAGGACUUUACUGAAUGCUACCAUGUUUACAUCAGCAGAGGAGCUGGACCGAGCACAGAGACUGGAGGAGCGGGAGCGAGUUCUCAGGGAAAUCUGGAUGAAUGGACAGCCGGACAUCAGAACUGUCACUCAGAGCCUCAACAGAUAUUAUUAACAUACUCUUUAUCUCCAGUAA